AUGCUAAGAUUGUCCUGUUGGCCUUUUGGCCUGUUUAGUAGGUUCUCAUUUCUAGCUGCACAUAAUAAGUUGCGGUCUCCAUCUGUCAUGCGCCCACCACUUCUCGCUUGUGUGCUCGUUGGCAUAUCUGUUCAAUAUGCUUGUAGCUGUAUACACAAGGGCAAAGUUUUCGAAGAUGGACAGGAGUGGAGUGACGGCAGAUACAUCAGGAAAUGCAAAUUAGUGCCGGAACGUUGGGAUUACGACAUCGUAGCAUGCAUUAUCGGAGGAGAACGUGUCAACAUCGGUCGGACUAUCAAGGUCAAAGGACCGAAGGGAACGCGAGAAUACCUAUGUGAUCACUCUCCAAGUGGAAAAGCGUACAUUAGACGAAUUUUCUAAUUGUGAGAAUGAAAGAUAUUGCUAGUAUAUUGUUUGUUUCAUGCUGUACACAUCUGCCUUUCAUGUAAACACUGAUAAAAUCUGAUGUUACU